AUGCCUCCUCCUUCAAAUCAGCGGGCGGAGAUUGAACCGCCCGAACAGGUCACCACAGAGGCGGUCAAGGGAUUUGCUACUGGCGCACUGCGUUUUGGCGCCAUGUCUAUUCUCGCCCAUAUGAUUUUGAUCAUGCCGCACCCUUUCACCUUUGACACCACCGCUCCGCCGGCUGCAGCCGAGGCGCAACAGCCUCCUCGGAGACCCUCUUCCUUUUCACCAGCCUCCAUCCGGAACAACUUUGUCUACCGACCUCUCGCCUCGCUCUCCGAAAGUCUGGCGCCGGCUUCCCGGAUCUAUCGAGGCUUGACCCCGCAGUUCAAGACCUUCCUCCAGAUCGCCGUUAUGACAUUGGGUGGCUUCUGGUUAGAUCCAUUGGAUAUCGCAUCGGGUUUCCGGUGCUGGUCGUCGGAGUCCACAAUACAGGCACUCGACCAAAGUUCCGCUACCAAGUACCAAGCCACAGUUAGCCACGACUAG